AUGCGGGUGUUCCUGUUCGCGGCGACUGUAUUUUUCGCGCACCAGCUCACCGGGUCCGGUGCAGGUGCCGGUGCCGGCGCUGAGUCCCGCUCCAAAAAGUGUUCCUCCCCGUGCGACGUGAGCGCGUGUCCUAGUCCGAACUGCCCCAGCGGGUACGUCCCAGACCGGUGCAACUGUUGCCUGGUGUGUUCCCGGGGCGAGGGUGAACCCUGUGGCCGGAAGAACGACCUCCCGUGUGGUGACGGGUUGGAGUGUAGGUCCCCUAACGGUCCUGGUAAGGGCCAGUCGGGGACGCGGAGCUCCAAGCGCCGGCUGUGUCAGUGUAAGACGAGGUUUAAGGUGUGUGGUAGCGACGGAAAGACGUACGGGAAUGUGUGUCGGAUGAAGGCUGCCAGCCGGAAAGCUCUUCAGAAGGAAAGGGAGGACAUCACCCAAGCACACAAGGGCCCCUGUCCAGCAGGUCCUACUCCUGUCCAUCCCAACAGCCCCAGAUACAAGUUCAACUUCAUAGCUGACGUGGUGGAAAAGAUCGCUCCUGCUGUGGUUCACAUAGAGCUAUUCCUCAGACAUCCUCUGUUUGGUCGUCAUAUCCCUCUGUCUAGUGGUUCUGGGUUCAUCAUCAGCCACUCCGGACUCAUCGUAACCAACGCUCACGUGGUAAGCGCUGCUGCCACGGUAACGGGCCGACCACAGCUCCGCGUGCAGCUCCAUGACGGGGGAGCGUAUGAGGCCACGGUCCGGGACGUCGACAGGAAGUCGGAUAUCGCCACCAUCAAAGUCAACUCUCAGAAGAAGCUUCCUGUUCUGUCUCUGGGUCGGUCAUCUGAUCUGAGACCAGGAGAGUUUGUGGUUGCCAUCGGCAGCCCCUUCGCACUCCAGAACACCGUUACCACGGGGAUUGUUAGCACGGCCCAGAGAGAUGGGAAGGAGCUGGGCAUCAGAGACUCAGACAUAGACUACAUUCAGACUGACGCUAUCAUCAACUAUGGUAACUCAGGAGGACCUCUGGUUAACUUGGACGGGGAGGUGAUAGGCAUCAACACUCUAAAGGUGACAGCAGGAAUCUCCUUCGCCAUUCCUUCAGACCGGAUCAGACGCUUUCUCACUGAGUCACAGAACAACAAACACAGUGCAGGUAACCACAGAAUGCUGAGUGGUCAUUACCGUAUUCCAGAACCCCAGUCAGAUGCAGUAAUGACAGGAGUGAAGAAGAAGCGUCUGAUAGGCAUUAUGAUGCUCCCAAUCACAGAGGGUCUGGUGGAAGAGUUGAAGAAGCAGAAUCCUGACUUCCCUGAUGUCACCAGUGGAGUGUUGGUCCAUCAGGUUAUACCGGACUCCCCCGCACACAGGGGCGGGAUUGAGGCUGGUGACGUCAUCCUCAAGGUGAACGGCCGGCCACUCAGGACCACCGACGAGCUGCAGGGGGCGUUGCUAGGCGACGGGCCCCUCCUCCUGGAGGUUGGUCGCGGAUUGGACGAGCUGCUUUUCAACAUAGAGCCCCACGUCGUCAUGCAGUGAAGAUGAGCAGUAAUGCACCAUGGAAAUGGAGUUUGAAUUAUUUGUUAUUUUUAUGCAGGUUUGAGGUCAAUUCCAAUUAAAGGUAGUCUAUUCAGGAAGUGAUUUGAAUUUAAACUUCAAUAAUUGAGCGUAAAAAAAAAAAAAAUAGCUUUUACUUUUCAGUUUAUUGAGAAGUCAUUGAAAAUAGCUGGCCUUUUUUUCAAUUAUUGAAUUGGAAUUUAAGUUUACUACAUGAAUUGACUGCCUUCAGUUGGAAUUCAGGCCAACCCUGUUUUAAUGUUAUGUGUUUUGACUGUGUUCUUUGUUGUGACUGGGCUGGACUCACUACAGAUGUACCGUCUGCAUCCCAAAAUCUGGGUACCCUAUCCCCUACAUAGAGCCCUAUCCCCUACAUAGAGCCCUAUCCCCUACAUAGAGCCCUAUCCCCUAC